ACAAAAAUCAAUACUUUUCGUGGCCGUUUGACAGUUGCUCAGCAAAUGCUCUCCGAUCGUUUCGUAGGUUAUUUGAAUAGAGUCAUUUAAAAUGAGUUCAAUAUCAAAUUAUCAUGUUGUUCCUUGGUAUAACAGUGACGAGUGGCAUUAUACGUAUAGAAAUCUUCUCAGUCGCGACCUGGCUAGAAAAGAAGAAGCAUUGAAAAUGUUAUAUGUAUGGAAAGCAAGAUGCCCGGCUCUGCCUUCCGGCAUAGAAUCUACUCUUGGCUUGCUACAAGUACACAUAGAAGAUAUGAAAAGUAACAAUACGGAUAGUGGACAUCAAAGUACCAAUGAUGAAAUGCUGCGUUUGGCAUAUUCAACUGCUAUCAUGCGUUUCGUUAAUCAUAUGUUAGACUGUGAAACAGAGAAGGGAACAAGUCUUUACAGGGCAGCGAAAAUGUUAGGAGUACCUGACUGGAUUGUAGACCUAAGACAUGAAACAGCUCACAGCAGUUCCCUCCCUCCCACUAUACUACUUAAGGAGGCAUGUUCCCUAGCCUUGAAUUGGUUAUGGGAAAACUACUGGGAUAAGCACAAACCAUUCAUAAAAGAUUUCAUUAGCGGUCAGAAAGACUAUGUAAAUGGAGAUGGUACAAUAACUCAUCUCAUCAACUCUUGUAUUUCAUUGGGUAUUUGUUCUCUGCCGAACCUAAAGAUUAGACUAUUGUCACAAAUACCAGAUGCUGGAAUGAGAGAAUCGCUAACAAAAGAUUUAACUGAACUAUUUGCAGACAUUGGAAACUUUACUGAAUGGAAUGGUGUACCUAUUGUAAAAGUAAUUGAUUUUAUAAAUGAACAUAGCAAACAAUUGUUAAGAGUAAAAAAUGUGUCGACAGUUAUUAAUGAAGCUUUGCUUGGAGAGGACUCACUAUUUCUCUCACGAGAACUCCUAUAUUUCUUUAGUGCCACUGAUUUUAAAUACAAGGAUAAACUAAAUGGCAGCUAUGUGAAAUGCUUUGAGAUACUGCUUGAUUUCCUGCACACAAAUGAUCUCCUAUUGGACUUCUUAUUGGCACUUAUAAAAGUGACACAAUCACCGCUCAGUGGUUACUUUAAGGCUCGUCUGGCUGCAUUGUGGUGCUCUGAAAUAUUAGCAGCACUGCAAAACUGCCAUCUGUUUGUUACUAAAUCCAAAAGAAUGAGAGCAGAGUUAAAUACUUCUAAGGUUAAUUUAAAAGCCCAGUUUAUUACAUGGUUCCCAGACAGAAAUCAAACUGGAUUAACACUGCACCUUCUAAAAGCUCCACCUCCUGAAUUGCAGGAUGUUGGUUUUAUACAACCUAUCAUUGCAGAAUAUAAUCAAUAUCUGACUUACUUCAUUAAAGAUCUUCUGGAUUUACUUGAACCAGGUUUAACCCCCGAUGUUGCAAAUAGAAUCUGUGCACUUACAAACCUGAUCUCAAUGCCUGAUAAGUAUCCAAUAUCAACAACCGCAAACAUUUACACAGCAGAUGAUAUUCGAGUUUCAUGUGAUGACGUGGUGGUUGUCGAAAAUGUUGCAAAUAUGGAGGAUGAGAAAAGAGAUGCGAAAAAAUUUAAAAACAAAGUUUGGAAGUUGGCCUCCCGGGAAUAUCAGUGGAAUUCAAUUCCCAUUGGUCAAGUACCUACUAAAGCAAUUGCAAACCAGCCUGACUAAAUUAUAAUUAUAAUAUUUUUUUUGUAUUUAUCUUAAGUGAAUGUGUGAAGUGUAAUGAUAAAAAUAAACAACAUACUGUUCAUUAUUCUUUUUUUUUAUUUUCAUAUUUUGUAUACAGUAUAAUGUUUUGGUUACAUUUCAUUUAUAUUGACACAUUAUAGGAUCCCUAAAAAUAGUUGAACAAUAUACAUGUUUAUAUGAUACAAGAUUCAUUAUUGAUUAACAUGUAGGACAAAGUUAACAGUCAAAUGACAUACAGGUAUAUAAAACGACCAUGUGUAAACAGUUUAGUAUUGGUCCUUAUUAGCAAAUAGUUAAAGAUUGAAUAAACAUAUGCCAGUUGUCUGAUUCUCGGUAAAAUAUCCAACCUAAUAUCUUAUGAUUUAUAACAUCAGUUCCAUUUACAUGGUACAAUAAAAUUGGGACUGUUACAGACAGUUAACAACAGAAACAUAAGGUAUAAUGUUGUUUAGAUAACAUUUAUUUAAUGAUAAUUUAUAAUCAACGUGAAACGACAACCUACCAUAAAAUUUUAACAAUCCAAUGAUCUAAUGCACCAAUAGAAAAUUUAAAAUAGAAAUAAAACAUCAAUUGAUAGGCACUUUCACAAACAAACAG